AUGUCUAGUCCUGGCAGUAUGCCUCGUGUUGGUACCUGGCCUCGAAGAGCUAGCAAAUUUUUUGCCUUAUCAACAGCAGCUUUCCAAAGCGUCGCCGCCUUGCUUUACAUGAAAGUUUUGAUAUUCCAAACGAUUGAAAGGUGGUCCAUUUCAAGCGAAAAGUCGUCAGCCAAGCGAGAGCAAAUAUGCUUAAUGUUAAUUGUUAUUCGGAAGCUCCUUCAUCGUGUUAGACCGUCAAUCAUAUUAAGCUUUGCAAAACUUUCACGUGGAGUGAACAGCAAUCGAACAACUUUAAUGUGGAGAAGUGAGUAUAUUAAGGUGCACCAUAGUUCACACCAAAUGCUACUCUAA